CUUUUUUAAAUGAUGUCAGUAAACAAAAAUUUAUUAAAUAUGUAAUUAUGAUACCUACACGUAAUUCAGUUAACGAUUCAGUAGCAGAUAUUCGAAAUCAUUUUAAAUAAACAAUUUAAAGGUGUGUUAGCUGUUAAAUUUUCAGUGAUUAAUCAGCUUUAUCUUUUUUCUAAACUCGAAUUUUCUGGAGAAUAUCACCUAUGACCUUGUUCAAUCUCAAUUACCUCAAAAUAUUUCCCAUCUAUUAAUGCCUUUUGACAUAAACCAAAAAGCUUUUUCUCUUUCCUGGUACACAUUUUCAAAAAAGAUUCAAAUCAAUUUUUGUAAUUCUUUCAUUAUCAUUAAAUGUCUUUAGGAACUCUUUAAUCAUUGAAAAUCAUUUUGUAAAACAAUUUUACAAAACAAUUUCACCAUGGAUGUAAAUUUUAAAGUUGGAAAAAUAUUAUAAAGGCAUUUUAUACUUUAUAGUGGCUUUUUGACUGCCACUGUAUACUUUGUUUUAAUUUAAUUGAUUUAAAAAUAACCCUAUAGCUUGUGUAUAAAACGUUUUUCAUUCUAAUGUUUUUUAUUUAAUUUAAUCCAAGAACAACAUACGUAAUUGCACCUAUUUAUCAUUUCCAUUUAACCUUAUCAUUAACUAAUUCAGCAUUACAAAACACACUCCACAAAUACAAAAGGCAGGUCUCGGUUUUAAAAUUCCUUCCUUCUACAAUACAAUGGAAGACUACGCUGUAUAUUUACAAAAAGUUAAUAAAUAUUAUGGCACAAAACAAAUUCUUGUUAAACUAAAUAUGAUAGUAAAACGAGGAACAAUUUAUGGUUUAUUGGGAUCAAGCGGUUGUGGGAAAACCACUCUUCUUAGUUGUAUAGUUGGGCGGCGAUCAAUUGAUUCGGGUUGUCUUUGGGUUUUGGGUGGAGUUCCCGGUGAAGAUGUAAGCGGAGUUCCGGGCCCAAGGGUAGGAUAUAUGCCACAAGACGUAGCUUUGGUCGGCGAAUUCUCCGUCCGAGGUGCAAUUUACUAUUUCGGACACCUUUACAAAAUGUCUAAAAAAAACAUUCAAGCACGUUACGAAUUUUUAAAGGAAUUAUUAGAACUUCCACGGGGACAUAAAAUGGUAAAAAAUUGUAGUGGAGGUCAACAACGAAGAAUUUCUUUUGCUUGCGCAUUAGUUCACGAACCGGAAUUAUUAAUUUUAGAUGAACCAACAGUUGGAUUAGAUCCAGUUAUGAGAAAUAGUAUUUGGAAUUAUCUAGUUGAAAUGGCCCAUAACAACAACACGACUAUAAUAAUUACAACGCAUUAUAUUGAAGAGGCAAAUCAAGCCGAUAAACUUGGAUUAAUGCGCAACGGAACGUUAUUAACAGAAGGAUCACCAUCCGAGUUAUUAACAUCAUUUAAUACGGAUACUUUAGAGGAUGCAUUUUUAAAACUUUGUAAACAACAUGAAAGUGGAAUUAUGUUUAAUCAGAACGUACAAGAAAAUUAUUUCGAAGAGGAAAGAGAAUUUAGAUCAAACUCAUUUUUAAUUUCGAAACAGAAAUUAACUAUUAACAAAAACAUCCGGAGGAAUAACUUAAAAGUAAAUAAACAUCAUGUAAUCGCAUUAUUACGAAAAAAUAAUUUGCAAUACUUCAAAAACUUGACGUGUUUAUCAAUUAAUAUAUUAUUCCCAGUUGUAAACAUAUUAACAUUUUUAAUAGCAAUAGGACGCGAUGUUAAUAUAAAUCUUGGAAUAGUUAACGACGAACAUUCUUUAGAUACAUGUAACAGUUAUAAUAGAGAAAAUACCACGUUUUUACAUAAUCAUCAAUGUGAUUUUCAACAAUUGAGUUGCAGAUUUUUAGACGAUUUCAACGAUGAGCAUAUUAAAAAGAUUUUUUACACCGAUUUUAAAGUAGCAAUGGAAGAUGCAAUUCAUGGAAAAGUUGUCGGGGUUUUAUAUAUUUCAAAAACUUUCACGGAAGCUUUACGAGAAAGAAUGGAAAAUAAUCAUAAAAUCGAUAAUGAAACUUUAAGUUUAAGUGAAAUUAAAGUAUGGUUGGAUAUGUCAAAUCGCCAAAUUGGAUUAACUUUAAAAUCCAAAUUACUCGCUAAAUUUGUACAUUUUCAAAAAAAAUUAUUUAAAGAUUGCGAAUAUUUGGAAAAAUUAAUAGAUCAACCUUUAAAUUUCCAUUAUUUAUUUGGUAACGAGAAAGAAGAGUUUAUUAAUUCCAUGGUUCCAGGGAUAUUACUCUCGGUUGUUUAUUUUUUAACAACAACGAUGACUUAUUCGGUCAUAAUUCAAGAUCGAUCUGAAGGAGUUUGGGACAGAUCAAUCGUAGCUGGAGUUACAUCCGCCGAGAUCAUUUUAACGCACUUUAUGACCCAAUCAUUUAUUGUUUGCUUUCAAGUUAUUGAAGUAGUUAUCAUUGCAUUCGUAGUUUAUCAAAUAGAGUAUGUUGGGAAUUUAUUUUUGAUAGCAUUAAUGAUUUUUUUACAAGGAAUAGGAGGAAUGGUUUGUGGUUUUUGGAUCUCCGUUGUUAGUAAAAAUCAAAGCAUGGCUAGUAUAUUAUGUACAGGAAUGUUUUUUCCCGUUUUUCUGUUAUGUGGUAAUUUUAAAAUAGUAAUCUACAUAAAGAUAUUUUUAUUUUCCUUUAUAGGAAUGUUAUGGCCUUUGGAGAGUCAACCAAUUGUACUUCGAUACAUAUCUAAAUCGCUCCCAUUUACGGCUGCCGUUGAAUCUUUACGUCACAUUAUGAGAAAAGGUUGGAAUAUCGAACACUUUGAAGUUUUAAACGGAAUUGGGAUAUCAUUGAUUUGGAUCGUAGGUUUUGUUUUGUUAUCUACUUAUUUCCUCUCGAGGAAAAGAUAGAUUUAAAUGACGUAAAAGAUAGAUU